ACGUCUCGAGGAUACAACAGUGGCACGCUGCUUUCUGCUGGAAGAUACUUUACAAAAGUAGAAUAAUCGUGAUAUAAUUUCUUCAAUUGAGAAAAAAAAUGGAAUAUCUUGACGUUUCAUCCGUUCAGAACAUUAAGGCACUGUCUGCCUUGCUUUCCUCUCAACAAGAAGAGGAAAAUGAUGAAGAUUAUCAAGAUGUGUCUCCUUAUGCAAAGAUGGGCCCCGGACAUAUAGGGCCACCGACCAAAAAAGAGAAAGAAGAGUCAUCAGUUUACGCGAAAAAGAACAGCAAAGAGGUGUGGAGCGAAGAGGAGGUGACCGACGGCCCGCAAUACGAUGAUGUCACUGACCCACGGCCGCAGCCUCAAUAUGAAAUCAUCCUCAAGCAAAGUGUCGGCACAGAGGAUCUCUUUUUGGGCUUGAGCAGAAAGGACCCUUCCUCCAUGUGCUGUGAGGCAAUGCUGGUGAAAAUCAAACUCCCGGACAGCAAAGUGACGGACGUGACUCUGGACUUGAAAGAAAAGUUCCUUGAUCUUCGGACACCAAAAUAUCGACUUGGCCUCCACCUCCCGCACCCGGUCCACCACCAGGAGGGUAAGGCUCAGUUUUUUAGCGAAAGAGAGGAAUUAGAAGUGACGCUGGUGAUGAAUCGACCACUAGACGCCAUUAACAUGCAGUGAAACUCGACGGCUCGCAAGAUCACACCUGGACCGGAUCUCCAAAGUCUCUUUUUGAAGACAAAAUAAUGCUCAGGCAAUUUUUUUAAGGCAGCAUGUUUAAUUGACAUUCAAAACAGAGUGGGGCAAAAGUAGGUGUAAACAUUUUUUUUUUUGUCCUUUUUAUCACAGUCCAAUUUUUCAUGGAAUAUUUUUGUCUCUUACAUCUUGACCUUCCUUCCUUCCCUAAAUUGCUUUUUAUUCUUGCAUCUUUCCUUCAAUCAUUCCUUCAGUGAAAGCUCCUUUCUUUCUGACCUCUUUCCCCUGGCAUCUUUUCCAUUCUUCAGUUCUCUCGUUCUUUCUUGUCUUCCUUCCCUCAGACCUGUUUUUUGAUUCAUAUGUCCUUCCUCCUGUCAUUUAAACCUGCUUUUCUCCUUUCCUUUCGUCUUCCACUCCAGACCUUUUUCUUCUUCCUGACCUCUAGUCCUCCUUACCACCCUCCCUUUUGACUUCCUUCCUUCCUCCAUUAGCGCUGUCCCUCAAAACCAUUUAUUUUGAAUCCUUUCUUUGUUUGGAACUACUUUUCUGUAUUCCUUUCUUUCUUAAGCACCUAUCCAAUAUUCAACUUUGUAGCUUGUGUACUCGUGCUGUACUGUAAAACACCUCAUAGAAUGUAUCCACAUUUUCUACAUCCUUGAUCAAAAUGUCAAGCGGGUUUUGAGCCACCUGGUGGCAAAUGUCAAUAAAAUGAUAAAAACAAAG